AUGAACUAUAUGGUCCAAACCUUCUUCACUCCUGCCAGCACCAGCUGUCCCCCGAACUAUGAGAUGCUGAAGGAGGAACAUGAGGUGGCUGUGCUGGGGGCGCCCCACAACCCUGCGCCCCCGACGUCCACCGUGAUCCACAUCCGAAGCGAGACCUCCGUGCCCGACCACGUCAUCUGGUCCCUGUUCAACACCCUCUUUAUGAACUCCUGCUGCCUGGGCUUCAUAGCGUUCGCCUACUCCAUGAAGUCUAGGGACAGGAAGAUGGUUGGCGACCUGACUGGAGCCCAGGCCUAUGCCUCCACCGCCAAGUGCCUGAACAUCUGGGCCCUGAUAUUGGGCAUCAUCAGGACCAUUCUGCUGAUCAUCAUCCCAAUACUGAUUCUGCAAGCCUAUCAGUAGAUCAGAGGAAUCAUCCCGGCCAGGGGCUCUGCCCGUGACCUGUCUCCCACGUACUCCAGCUUCCAUUCCUCGCCCUGUCCCCAGCCGAUCCUGUAUCAGCCUUUUACCCUCACACACUUUUCCACAGUUGUGUUCAAUAAA